ACGCAAUGCGGGCCCGGCGUAUCCCGCAUCCGUGCAUAGGUUAGGCUCGCGGGCCCCGGCGCUCACCUUCGAGGCCUCUUCCGGAGGCGGAGAGACUUAGCGACUGUGCGGAGGAUCCGGUCCCUGGCACGAACAACCACAGGCCGGGGAGAAAGAAUGCAGUUCUAUGUCUCUCGCCUCCUCCUGAUGGUGACGCGGGCGGCCCUGCGGGUGUCAGGUGUUCUUUUCUGGAUCCUAGUUUAUGUCGCCUCUCUGUUGGCAGCAGUCUCCUACCUUCCUGAUGCCCUGAGACUUAUAGCCAGAAGACCAUUCAGGGCAUUUUACUGGAAGCAACGCAGGACUGCCCCACCCUGUUUAACAAGCAGCAAGCAUGGGCAGCAUGGAUACAUUCGGAUAAAGAAUUCUGGGAUGCGCUUCCAUUAUGUGGCAUCUGGAGAAAAAGGGAGCCCAUUAAUGCUGCUCCUCCACGGCUUCCCUGAAAACUGGUACUCCUGGCGGUACCAGCUGGAUGACUUCUCCCGGGGAUACUGGGUGGUCGCGGUUGACCUCAGAGGGUUUGGAGGCUCAGAUGCACCUUCUGAACUGCUUGAUUACAAAAUGGAGACUCUUCUGCAGGAUGUUAAAGAUCUCAUUACAGGAUUUGGUUACUCAAGCUGUGUUCUAGUUGGUCAUGACUGGGGGGGCACCUUGGCGUGGACAUUCGCAGUCCGUCACCACAACAUGGUCUCUCGUCUCAUAGUUAUGAAUGCACCUCAUCCAUCAGCCUUUCAUGAUUACAUUCUGGCUCAUCCAUCUCAGCUAUUCUUAUCCCGCUAUGUCUUCCUAUUCCAGUUACCUAUUCUACCUGAAAUCCUGCUGUCUUUGGCUGACUUUGAGUACAUCAGGAAGCCUCUGGUGGAUGACUCAAUGGGAAUCCAGAAUAAGCAGCGGAGACUUACCAGUGAAGAGACCGAGGCUUUUAUUUAUUACCUGUCACAGAAAGGAGGCAUGACACCCCCUCUUAACUACUACAGAAAUCUUUUUGGGUUUUUUCCAGUGAAAGCCCAGGAUGUACUUGUUCCUACGUUGCUGCUGUGGGGCGAGCUUGACGUAUUUCUAGAGGCAGCAAUGGUCCCAGAGAUGAAACAAUAUGUCCAUGCUCCUUUUCGGGCUGAGAUUAUACAACAUGCAAGCCACUGGCUACAGCAGGAUCACCCCGAAGAGGUCAACAGGCUCAUGAGGGAUUUUUUAAGCCAGGAGAUGCCAGUAUCUACACACCAUGGACAUAUAUAAGAAGUAUUGGUAAACUGAAUAUGACCGAAGUGCCUAAUUUUCCUUCGUGGAUAUGAUCAGUUGCUUACCCUGGAUUUUAAAACUGCAGUGGGCUGCCAUGUUUGUUGGCACCCAUGGACAAAGUGGCAUUAUUUUUUAACUUGAAAGAAGGUGCAAUUCUAUAAAGACUGUCCCAGAGGAGUAAAAUAAGGGUCUCGUCAGAUGUAUGGAAUGAAGCCAAAUCUUCAUGUUUGCAGAGAUAUGAAACACAAACCGUCCUAAGGAUAAAUGAAUGCUGUGCAACCACAGCUAAGUCACGGAAUGGAGACCAGAAUGUAUUGCUCCCUGAGUAUCAAUUACAUCAUUUUCUGCUGCUAAACUAUUUUUAAUACAUACAAUAUAAUAUGUGUAAAACUGUGCACAUAUCUGUAUUUCCUUGUUUGAAGAGCCUUAAUCCAUGUCCAUGAGGCCACACAGAAAUAAUUGACACUAAGAAAUCUGUACUUUGUGCUUUUGGAAUUGAUAAGCUGCUUACUAGACAUCUCAAUAGCUACAUACACAAUCAAAAUGCUUAUAUGUUUACUGAUUUACCUGCUAGAGAAUCUGUAAUUAAAGGAGAGGAACAGCCAAA